UCACUUUUUCAAUGCCGCCGAAACGCGCUGCAAAGACGGCAGCCAAGGUCGCGCCUGCCAAAGUUCCAGCAACCAGAGCCACUCGAUCACGCGCGCAAAAGACAACUCCGCCUGUGGAAGAAGAGCCAGAAGUCAGUAGUGCUGCGCGCAGUACCAGGUCACGUAGAUCUGCUGCCUCCGGGCAAGACGCACCCGCCCAAGACAAGGAACAAAGGGAGGAAGCAGCCGCGACACGCGAUGCGAAACCACAACCACGCACGAAACCGCGUCCUACGACGCUUGGUCGCCGCCCCCGAGAACCUCAAGCGAAUCAGGGUGUCCUGGACAAGUUGAAGGCGCGCAUGGAAGAGGACCGCAGGGUCAUAAAAGCUGGACUCGUACCACAAUCUGCGCCAGAGAUCCAAUCGCAUGAGGCCGAGCGCGUAGUCCGUGAGGCUACCAACAACGUUGAAGAUGCUGCACUGGUGCCUGCCCGCGCUGCUCCACGAUCACCGUCUCCAGUCAGACAAACAGCAGUCCCUGGAACAGCAGUCAAGGCGCCUGCUAGUGUCGUGCGUCCGCAAUCUGCUGUGAAGAUGCAGAGCACACCUGGCGCAGAAUCUUCCGUUCUGGCCUUGCAGAACUUCAGACGCCGCGCCCGUCAGCCUAGUUUGCUGCAGAUGGUACAGAAUCCUGAACUUGCUGGUACUCCGAUUGACGACACGACCGAUUUUACUCUGGGUAGCUUGGGCGAUGAGGACGACUUUGCACCAGAUGACGAGGGUACGCCUCUGCAAAUCUCGAAAGGCCGACCGAUCGAAGUCGAGACAGAGCCGGAAGAAGACGAGCCUGAGGAGGAAGUUGUGCAAGAGCAGGAAAAGGCCAAGACACCAGAGCCUACAUUGCCCAAUUCUGACGAUGAGUUCUAUGGUGCGACGCCAGUCAAGACAACACAACGGCAGACCCGCAAACGCAAAUCGGAUGCCAUCGAAGAGUCCGAACAAACCAAGAAGGUCAAGCCCUUGACAACAGCAACAUUGCGAGCCAUGCUACCCAAACGUCGUGCUCAACGGAAAGACGAAUUCGACUUUACCUCCUCCUCAGCACACGAAGCUUCUUCCUCGGCCUUCGAAGACGAAAAGCGCAAAAGGCAAGAACAAAAAAAGCCUGCUGUGGCCAAGAAAGCUGCACCCGUAAAGCCAAAGAAGACGACCGCUGCAGCGACAAAAAGGACAUCACGAACUUACGCCCGCAGCAAUAAAGAGAAUGAUCCUGUACACAUCUCUUCUGGUUCUUCAAGUCUGUCUGAGCUCAACAGCGAUGAAGUCGAAGCAGACGAAACUGCAGACACGAGCAUUGAUACCAUCAAAGGCUCCAAAUCUGACGAGAAACUAUCGGACGAGUUGAGGAAGGCGAGGGAGAAGUUUGCAGAGGUCGAUGAUUGGGAAAUGGAGUUUGAGAGUGCGAGUUUAGGGGCUGGUGGGGGAAGUAGUCCAUGGCGG